CGCGCGGCAGGGGAGAUGGCGGCGGACAAGGCUGCGGAGCAAGGUACCGAGAAACAUGAAGGAGCAGGCACUUCUGGGAUUACUGAUCAGGAAAAGGAAUUGUCGAGCAGUGCGUUACAAGCUUUUCUGAUCCUGUCAAAUAGAGGAAAGGACAGCUGGCUGAUGAAAAACAUCACAAAAUAAGCUGAGCAUUUAAGGGCUCGAGGUUUUUAGUCCAACCAUAGUUAGAAGCGUUGUUGCUGUGAUCUGAAAGCUACUCCUGUUGAAGAGAAGCUCUGAGUGUGAACACAUAAAGAAAAUCAUUGGGAGAUGAACUGUCUCAAUUAAAGAGCAUGCCAGCAGUUGAGUUGCAAGUCCCUGUGUUUAUGCACGUGAUCAAGAUGCUGUUGAUACUGAAGGUUGUGGAAAUACUUUGUGUCAAUGUCCUGCUACAUCUGCCUGUAUGUUGUAUAACUCUGCUUUCGCAGGAGGGCAAAGGGACUGAGGUGGCUCUAUUGAGAGUAGCCUCAGAAUGGCAACUUGCUCAGGAAGAGCAGAAGGACCACAGAGCCUUUCUCUGUUGUAAUUCUUCCCUUAAUAGAGGAAGUUAGGCAGGAGCCCAGGAGAAGCUCCAUGGAACAGCACUUAAAAAAGGAGGAGGAAGUGGAGAGCAUAGCCUUUGAUUGUGAAGCAUUGACAGAGAUGGAAACAAAUCUGCAUAUCUGACUGACCGGACUGGAAGUAACCCUGAUACGGAGGAGAUGAAGGCUGGAAAUUAUGAUGCUUGUUUGCAACACCUAAAUACCCUUCAAGACAUAAACAAAGAUGACUACAAAAUAACUUUGAAUACUGCUGUUGCUGAGUUCUGUAAAAGUAACCAGACUACAACAGACAACUUGAGACAAACCCUUAACCAGCUGAAGAACCAGGUUCACUCUGCUGUUGAAGAAAUGGAUGGUUUAGAUGAUGUUGAAAAUAGUAUGCUGUACUACAAUCAAGCUGUUAUUCUGUAUCAUCUGCGUCAGUAUACCGAAGCUAUAUCCGUUGGGGAGAAGCUGUACCAGUUUAUAGAGCCUUUUGAAGAGAAGUUUGCCCAGGCUGUGUGCUUCUUGCUUGUAGACUUAUACCUGCUAACUUACCAAGCUGAGAAAGCCUUGCAUCUGCUUGCUGUUCUGGAAAAAAUGAUUUCACAGGGCAACAAUAACAGCAAGAAUGGAAAAGAGUCAGGUAAUAAUACAAAUAAAGAUUCCUCAAAUCAAAAAGCUGAAAGUGGAGCUUUAAUAGAAGUUGCUAAAUCUAAGAUACAUCAGUAUAAGGUGAGAGCCUAUAUCCAGAUGAAGUCACUAAAAGCAUGCAAAAGGGAGAUCAAGUCUGUUAUGAAUACAGCUGGGAAUUCAGCUCCUUCUCUCUUUCUUAAAAGCAAUUUUGAAUAUUUGAGGGGCAAUUAUCGUAAAGCGGUGAAACUUCUAAACAGUGCGAACAUUGCUGAACAUCCAGGCUUCAUGAAAACAGGUGAAUGCCUAAGGUGUAUGUUCUGGAACAAUCUUGGCUGCAUCCACUUUGCAAUGGGAAAGCACAAUUUAGGAAUUUUUUACUUCAAAAAAGCCUUGCAAGAAAACGAUAAUGCGUGUGCACAGCUAGGAACAGGCAGCUCAGAUCCAGGUAAAAAAUUUUCAGGGAGACCCAUGUGUACGCUACUGACUAACAAACGGUAUGAGUUGCUCUACAACUGUGGAAUUCAGCUCUUGCAUAUUGGGAGGCCCUUAGCUGCCUUUGAAUGCCUGAUUGAGGCAGUCCAGGUUUAUCACUCAAACCCUCGUCUUUGGUUGAGAAUAGCAGAAUGCUGCAUUGCUGCCAAUAAAGGGACAUCAGAACAAGAGACUAAAGGUCUUCCCAGCAAAAAGGGAAUUGUACAAUCUAUAGUAGGUCAAGGCUACCACCGUAAGAUAGUCCUAGCAUCCCAGUCAAUACAGAAUGUUGUUUAUAAUGAUGGGCAGUCCUCAGCAAUACCUGUAGCCAGUAUGGAGUUUGCAGCGAUUUGUCUAAGAAAUGCCUUGCUGCUACUGCCAGAAGACCAGCAGGAGCCAAAGCAGGAAAAUGGAUCUAAAGCUAGUAAUCAGCUGGGGGGAAAUACAGAAAACAGUGAAAGCAGUGAAGCAUGCAGCAAUAAAAGUCAUGAAGGGGAUAAAUUCAUUGCAGCUCCACCUUCUUCACCUUUGAAGAAACAGGAAUUAGAAAAUUUAAGGUGCUCAAUACUUGCGUGUAGUGCUUACGUGGCUCUGGCUUUGGGUGAUAACCUUAUGGCAUUGAAUCACGCAGAUAAACUUCUUCAGCAACCAAAGCUGUCAGGGUCUCUUAAGUUUCUUGGGCAUUUGUAUGCAGCAGAAGCUCUCAUCUCUCUAGACAGAAUAUCUGAUGCCAUCACUCACUUGAACCCUGAGAACGUCACUGAUGUUUCCCUCGGGAUCUCUUCAAAUGAGCAGGAUCAAGGGUCUGACAAAGGAGAGAAUGAGGCGAUGGAAUCUUCUGGCAAGCAGACCCCACAGUGUUAUCCUAGUUCGGUCACAUCUGCGCGAACAAUGAUGUUAUUUAACCUUGGAAGUGCUUACUGUUUGAGGAGUGAAUAUGACAAAGCUCGAAAGUGUCUUCAUCAGGCUGCUUCGCUGAUCCACCCCAAAGAGAUCCCUCCAGAGGCUAUUCUGCUGGCUGUAUAUCUUGAAUUACAGAAUGGUAACACGCAGCUGGCACUGCAGAUCAUCAAGAGAAACCAGCUUCUCCCUUCUGUGAAAACACUCUCUGACAUGCGGAAGAAGCCUGUGUUUCAGCCAGUCCACUCCAUCCAGCCCAUUCAGAUGCCGGCUUUCACCACUGUUCAAAGGAAGUGAGGUCAUGCUUCAACCUGCUGCUGCCCUGCCCAGGAGGGUGGGGGAUUUUGUAUAUUUUUUUUAACCUAGGACACCUGCAUACCCCAAUUGCUGGAGUGUGUUCAUUUAUGUAAAUUUUUAAUAAAACAUAAA